ACUACAAACUGUAACACUAAUAACAGGCAAGAGGCGGGACAUAAAGAGAGACUAAAGUUAAUAUAAAAGCCUUAUAUAACAAUCAACAAUUCGUGCUUUACACACUUCCACCACAAUCCACAGUUAUCGUUUUAUUUUUAUUUGAGACAUUAAGCAAAAGAAAAGCGGGUGUCUAAAGUGCUUGGUGAGUAAUCCCGGGUGAGCCAGGAACGGACCAAUCUCUUCAGCCCAUUUCUCAUCGUGACAAUCAGCAUGACCAGCCUGGACCAAGAUGUAGGCUUCUCUCAGCCCCUGCGUCUCACUCGUACGGAGCUGUUUGACUUCCACGGCGUGUCAAUGAUCAACUAUUUCACUGACAACUGGGACAAGGUGCAGAACUUCCAGGCGAAGCCUGACGAUGUUGUCAUCGCAACGUAUCCCAAAGCAGGUACAACCUGGGUGUCCCACCUGUUGGACCUUCUGUAUUUUGGGGCAUCCGCGCCGGAGCGCGGGGUCUCGGUGCCCCUCAUCGAGAGGGUCCCGUUCCUGGAGAUCUACAUGCCGGCAUUUCGUCUCUCAGGUGUAGAGAUGCUCGAUAAGAUGACCACUUCCCCUCGCCUCAUUAAAACCCACCUUCCCAUCCAGUUUGUGCCGAAAUCGUUCUGGGAACAAAAGUCUCGGAUUGUCUACGUCGCCCGCAACGCCAAGGACAGUGCCGUGUCCUACUUCCACUUUGACCGUAUGAACUGUUUGCAGCCAGAGCCUGGGGACUGGGCUAGUUACCUGCAGAGAUUUCGGGAGGGCAAAGUGACGUUCGGCUCCUGGUACGACCACGUGACUGGGUGGUGGGAGAAAAGUCAGACCUGCCCUAAUCUCCUCUACCUACACUACGAAGAUCUGGCAGAGGACAUCGACCGGGAGCUCGAGCGCUUGUGCUCCUUCCUGGACGUGUGCCCGACUGAAGAGGAGCGGCGCCGGGCGAAGGAAGGGGCGAAGUUCGAUGCCAUGAAGGACAACGCCAUGACUAACGGCACUCUGAUCAAAGCCAUGGACCCCAAAAUCUCGCCGUUCAUGCGGAAAGGAAAAGUUGGCGAUUGGAAGAACCACUUCACCGUGUCGCAGAACGAGCAGUUUGACAGGGAGUACCGGGAGAAGAUGGCGAACACCGUGCUUCGGUUCCGGACCGAGAUUUAGGCCGCCGCCCGCCUGCCCGGGAACUGAGCCUUGGGUCAGGUGACGUUGACGCGUGAACUCGAGGGUCAGCUGCAGCUGUGAUUCGCUGGCAGUCGAGAGGAAGUUGCACGGAAUGUUUGUCCUAAAGCGGAAGGUGAAAAGCGUAUCGACACUUUUUACAGGUCUGUCAAAAAUAACAGCAUUUUACAUCACCUUAUAUUUCAUCGCUUUAUUCUUUCACUAUUAAAAAAAAUAUUAUGUCUUUGGUCUGCCGUACAUUAUAAAGUGUAAUACUUGUAAUUCUCAUAAUUGCCAAUACAUGUUAUGCAAUAUAGGAUUAUAAUAGUCAGAAUUACUUAUUGAAAUUGUUUAAUGGAGUUCAGACUGUUUAACAGCGUAGGAAAUGACAUCAUAUUCUAGAGACACACAACUGAGAGUCCUCUCCAUGUCGAUUUCCUUUGUAUACCUCAAUAACCUUUCUGUCCUUAGCUGGUGGAAUUUGAGGGUUGUUCAAUCACUACUAUUGAUCCUUGUAUUAAGGUGCUCAUAAUACAUGAAAUACAUAAUACAUAUAAUGUAAACAUAAUGUAUAUUAAAUUAAAAGAGUUUCCUAGAGAUUUGCAUU